GAAUUCCGCGAGGUGCUAAAAUGGCUUAACGUUGUUGAUCCUAGCACCAAUUAUUCAUCUGCACUGACGGUUCGUGAACCUGGUACGGGGAACUGGCUGCUCACGGGGCGCGAGUAUCUCGAUUGGAAGGAAAGUAGUGGAGGGGUUCUCUGGCUAUAUGGUAUACGUGA